UUGCACUCCGCGCUCGCCUGAGGAGGCGGGGUCUCCUCGCAGGCUCCGCCCUCAGGUGGUCUUGCCACCUUCCCUCCGCCGCCGAGACGCCCCCCGAAUACAAGCCGGGCAGCCGGCCGGCCGGAGACAGCAGAGGCAGCGGCGCCGCGCUUUCCCGGAUCUGCCCGGCGGCGCGCGCUCCGCGGUUGCAUCAGGCGAGCCUGCAGCCGGGAUCGAGCCCCCCCGAUGCAAGAAUGGCGGCGUCGCCGGCUCGAGAACUCACACAGAACCCCCUGCAGAAGAUCUGGGUGCCUUACAACAACGGGCUCCCGGCGAAGCACAGCGCGCAACGCGGCGUAUGUAUGACCAACUGCCCUACGCUGAUUGUUAUGGUUGGCCUCCCAGCAAGAGGAAAGACAUACAUCUCAAAGAAAUUAACACGCUACUUAAACUGGAUUGGAGUGCCUACUAAAGAAUUUAAUGUUGGUCAAUAUCGGCGAGAUUUAGUAAAAACCUACAAGUCCUUUGAGUUCUUUCUGCCAGACAAUGAAGAAGGCCUGAAAAUCCGAAAACAGUGUGCCUUAGCAGCACUGAAUGAUGUUCGACGGUAUCUUGGUGAAGAAAAUGGGCACGUGGCAGUUUUUGAUGCCACCAACACUACAAGGGAACGUAGAGAAACCAUCUACAAAUUUGGUGAGGAGAAUGGAUAUAAGACUUUUUUUGUGGAGUCUGUAUGUGUUGAUCCAGAGGUCAUUGCUGCAAAUAUUGUGCAAGUGAAAUUGGGCAGUCCAGAUUAUGUUGACUGUGGUAGUGAUGAAGCUACUGAAGACUUUAUGAAAAGAAUUGAGUGUUACAAGAAUACAUAUGAGACACUAGAUGAAAAUCUAGACAAGGACCUUUCUUAUAUCAAAAUAAUGGAUGUUGGAAGGAGUUACCUUGUGAACCGAGUAAUGGACCAUAUCCAGAGCCGUAUUGUUUACUACCUCAUGAAUAUCCACGUAACUCCUCGCUCCAUCUACCUCUGUCGACAUGGUGAAAGUGAAUUAAAUCUAAAGGGAAGAAUUGGAGGAGACACAGGCUUAUCCCCAAGAGGGAAGGAGUUUGCCAAGAGCUUGGCGCGGUUCAUUAAUGAGCAGAACAUUAAAGAUCUGAAAGUAUGGACGAGCCAAAUGAAAAGAACCAUUCAGACUGCAGAGGCAUUGGGAGUGCCUUAUGAGCAGUGGAAAGUUUUGAACGAAAUAGAUGCGGGGGUCUGUGAAGAAAUGACAUAUGAAGAAAUUCAAGAAAACUUUCCAUUAGAAUUUGCUUUAAGAGACCAGGACAAAUACAGAUACAGAUAUCCUAAGGGAGAGUCCUAUGAAGAUCUUGUUCAGAGGUUGGAGCCAGUUAUUAUGGAGUUGGAAAGACAGGAAAACGUGCUUGUAAUUUGUCACCAAGCUGUUAUGCGCUGCCUGCUUGCUUAUUUUCUGGACAAACCUGCCGAACAACUGCCUUAUCUCAAGUGCCCACUGCAUACUGUCUUAAAGCUAACCCCGGUGGCUUAUGGUUGCAAGGUGGAAUCUAUAUUUCUGAAUGUUGAAGCUGUAAAUACGCACAGAGACAAACCACGGAAUGUAGACAUUUCAAGACCUCCUGAGGAAGCCCUUGUAACUGUCCCUGCUCACCAGUGAAUCCUGUUUCCUGAUCAGCUAUGAAACAUGUGAAUGUAUGUGUCAGCCGCUCUCGAGAAGAAGCCUUGAGGACUGUACCUAAACAUUUGUAGCUCUUUUGACCCCCAGCACCGUCCGAAGCAGUGUGAAGAAAACCACUCAGGGACCAUGAAAUGAAGAAGGCCAAACAACAUGGACAUGCAUAUGCACUCCUGCUCUUUGAGAAUGUGUUUCAUCUCCCUGAGGCGCAAGGGGCAGACUUGGCAUGAGAGGUUGAGGCGUACCAAGUAUUUAUGAAAUAUAAAACAAAAUUGCUUUUAAAUUAAUAUAUAUAGGCUUUUAUCCUGUCCUCCUUCUCCUGUGGAUGUUAAAUGUUUAUGGAAUAUUGCUUUCACUUUUAAUGUCAUGUUUUAAUUCCAGCAUUGUUCUAGAAUAUUUUCUUACUCUGUUAUUUUUGUACAACACUAACGUUAGAUUUCCUGUAGUAGUAUUUUAUUAUUAUUUUAUGCACAUAUUUUAAAAUAUUACCAAACACAGGAUGAAUAUUUUUCACUAACUGAAAGUAUUGAUUCCUGUGUACAAAGAAGGAUGCCCAUUUCUAUAAGGAUUUAUCCCAUUUUUUGUUUUGUAUAUACAUUAAUUCUUUUAAUUCUGUUAAAUACAUAAAUUUCAAUGCUAAGCCCAAAUCAAGGUGCUUGUUCUGACGUAUAAAGCCCUAAACGGCUUGGGCCCUGGAUACUUGAAGGACCGCCUCCUUCCAUAUGAGCCUACCCGG